AUGUGGUUUUUGAACUCAGUUAAUCUGUUGUUUCUGGUAUGUUCGGUUGCCCUACAUCUAGAUGCCGUUAACGCAUGGUCUCCGACAAAUGGUUACGCUCCUGGUGUGGUCGAUUGUGAUGAGAAUAUAAACUUGGUUAGAAAAGCUGAUGCUGUUUCAGAUGAUGAAGCGGAUUGGUUGAAAGUUAGACACGAAUCUACUGUACCAGCUUUGAAGGACUUCUUGCAGCGUGGUUUUAAGGGUUUUACCAAUGACACCUCAAUCAUUGAUAAACUGUUAGCGACCCAAGACACUGCUCCCAAGGUUGCUAUUGCCUGCUCUGGUGGUGGUUAUAGAGCAAUGUUGAGCGGUGCUGGUAUGAUUUCUGCCAUGGAUAAUAGAACUGACGGUGCAAAUGAUCAUGGUUUGGGUGGGUUAUUACAAAGUUCAACUUAUUUGGCUGGUUUGUCUGGUGGUAACUGGCUCGUUGGGACUUUGGCCUACAAUAACUGGACUUCUGUUCAAGCAAUUAUCAACAACAUGACUGACGAUAAUAGUAUUUGGGAUAUUAGUAAUUCUAUCGUCAAUCCUGGCGGUAUCAACAUUUUUUCCAGUAUUUCUCGUUGGGAUGACAUCUCAGACGCAGUGGAAGAGAAAAAAAAAGCCGGCUUCAACACAUCUAUAACUGAUGUAUGGGGCCGCGCCCUAUCUUACAAUUUCUUCCCAUCAUUGGACGAAGGUGGUGUGGGUUAUACGUGGAAUACCUUGAGAGAUGUUGAUGUUUUUAAAAAUGGUGAAAUGCCUUUCCCUAUUUCAGUAGCUGUUGGUAGAUAUCCCGGUACUCAGGUUGUCAAUUUGAAUGCAACUGUCUUUGAAUUUAAUCCAUUUGAAAUGGGCUCCUGGGAUUACACCUUACAUACUUUCACCGAUGUUAGAUAUGCUGGUACCAAUGUUACUAAUGGUACUCCAAACGUAACAGGAAAAUGUGUUGCAGGCUUCGAUAAUACAGGUUUUGUUAUGGGUACGUCCUCCUCCUUGUUUAACCAAUUUUUAUUACAACUUAACACUACUGAUUUGCCAUCUUUCUUGUACAACUUACUUCACGGAUUCUUGACUGAUGCUUCUGAUGAUUACGAUGACAUCUCGAUUUGGGCACCAAACCCGUUCUACGAAAUCACGAACAUACCUUCUAAUUAUUCCCAAUCCAUCAGUGAAGAUGAUACAUUGUAUUUAGUGGAUGGUGGUGAAGAUGGGCAAAAUAUCCCAUUGACACCAUUGCUGCAAACUGAGCGGGAAAUCGAUGUUAUCUUUGCUUUGGAUAACAGUGCAGACACGGAUCAAUCUUGGCCUGACGGAUUUUCAUUGACUCAGACUUACGCUCGUCAAUUUGGUCUGCAAGGGAAAGGCAUUGCCUUCCCUUAUGUUCCAGAUGUGAACACUUUCACCAAUCUUGGAUUAAAUACAAGACCUACCUUCUUUGGGUGCGAUGCAAGAAAUUUGACUGAUCUAGAAUCAAUUCCACCUUUAGUAGUUUAUAUGCCAAACACAAGGGAGUCCUUCAACAGUAACACAUCUACGUUUAAAAUGUCGUACUCCACUUCCGAAAGGUUUAAGAUGAUCCAAAACGGUUUCGAAGCUGUCACCAUGAAAAAUCUCACUAAAGAUGAGAACUUUAUGGGGUGUAUCUCAUGCGCCAUAUUGAGACGGAAACAAGAAUCACUAAAUUAUACACUUCCAUCUGAAUGUGAUGCUUGUUUCGAAAAAUACUGCUGGAAUGGAACUGUCGAUGCCACCACCCCUAUCUCAAGCACUACAUCCUCCUCUGCAAGUUCCACCUCAACAUCUGAUUCCGGCAAUAAAGAAAAUAGUGCCAGAAUUUUGGCCCCAAGAAGUACGCUAUCUUUGUUGAUUGGAGGUUUAGCUAGUGUCUUCAUCUCUUUCUAG